AUCAAUGUAGCCUACCGGAAAUCAACAGCACACUGUGGGCAAACUUCUGUCUGACCGUGAGUGUCGAUGCAGCAUGAGGCAUGGAUGGAACAGCUGGGACCAGAGUGGUGCUGUUGGCCUGUGGAUCCUUCAACCCCAUCACCAACAUGCACCUGAGGAUGUUUGAACUGGCCCGAGAUCAUUUGGAAGACUCUGGUUUCCGAGUGGUGAAAGGAAUCAUCUCCCCGGUUGGUGAUGGCUACAAAAAGAAAGGUUUAAUUGAGGCCAGACAUCGGCUGGAGAUGGCCCGACUGGCCUCAGAAAACUCCUGGAUCACAGUGGACUCCUGGGAGGGCUUGCAGGCAGAAUGGGUAGAGACUUGUAAAGUUGUACGGCAUCACCACAAUGAACUACUUGCUCAAGAGCAAAACAGCGACGAUGUGGACACUGUCAAAUACAGAAAAAAGAGACGCAUUGAAGACAAAUAUUAUGUGCCUUCAUCAUCUCAAAACAAAGAUGGAACUCGUCUGAUGUUGCUGUGUGGUGCUGACGUCCUGGAGUCUUUUGGUGUUCCCAAUUUGUGGAAGCAGGAGGACAUAGAGGAAAUUGUUGGCCGGUUUGGUUUAGUUUGCAUCACACGCUCUGGCAAUGAACCUUUUAAGUUCAUUCAUCAGUCAGAUACACUGUGGAAGCACCGUAAAAACAUCCAUAUUGUCCAGGAGUGGGUGACGAACGACAUCUCGGCCACUCACGUCCGCCGAGCCCUUCGCCGUGGCCACAGUGUCCGAUACUUGCUGCCCGAUAAUGUACUCAACUACAUCCAUGAACACAAGCUGUACAAUGAAGAGAGCGAGCAGAAAAACACUGGGGUGGUCCUUGCACCUUUCCAGAGAUACAGUGGUGCCUCCUCAAGCUAAACGCUACCUACUAAGAACAGCAACUAAAAGUCUAGGAGCUACUGCAACAUAGGUAUAAUCUUCCAAUUAUAAUGCAUUCAUAGACAAUGCUGUUAUGUUUGCCAUCAUUUUUGCCAUAAAAAUCAGUUAAUUAUUGAAUAUUUGCCUCAAAUUUAUUUUCUUAUUUUCUAAACAUGUGAAGAAUGACUUAUUUUUAGUAGAGACAUCAACCUUAAAGAAGCCCUUUUGUAAUAAUGUAUGUAUAUGGCUGGGGCUUAUUUGUUUUAUUUUACAAGCUGCUAAAAAUAUGUCUAUCUUUUCACAAUCAUGUUUAUGCAAUGGGAAAAACAUUUUUAAAGUAUCACAUACAGGGUUUCCAGCUCUAGCUAAAACCUUGAUCAGUAACUUCAAUAAACUUCUCUUUGUUUUGCACUACAC